CUAUAAAUUCACUACCCUGCAAUACUUCCAUAUCCACUCCUCCACUCUCUCUUUGUUCACCCCAACUUCCCAAUCGCCAUUCUUUGCUCUCUGCUUUUCCUAUCUCAAAUUAAGCCAUGGCACUUACCCUAAACUCCAAAGCCUUUUUCAUCUUCCACCUGCUCCUCCUAUUAGGUAAUGUAGCAUCUGCUACACUGUUCACCCUUGAGAAUCACUGCACUUACACAGUUUGGCCGGGAACUCUUUCAGGCAACGGCGCAGCGGUUCUUGGUGAUGGCGGUUUUUCCCUGGCACCCGGCGCUUCCGUUCAGGUGACGGCGCCGUCAGGCUGGUCCGGGCGCUUCUGGGCCCGGACCGGCUGCAAUUUUGACGGCACCGGGAACGGAAACUGCGCCACCGGAGACUGUGCCGGAGGACUGAAGUGCACAGGAGGAGGUGUCCCUCCGGUGACGCUAGCCGAGUUCACUAUCGGAACCGCCAGUAACGGUAACAAGGACUUCUAUGACGUGAGCUUGGUCGACGGUUACAACGUGGGAAUGGGGGUACGGGCUACCGGAGGAACCGGUGACUGCCAGUACGCCGGUUGUGUUGCGGAUUUGAACGGCUCCUGCCCGGCGGAGCUGCAGGUUAAAGGGGAAAACAGCACCGGCGAGGUGGUUGCGUGCAAGAGCGCGUGCGCGGCGUUUAAUACGACGGAGUUUUGCUGCACCGGCGAGCACGCGACGCCGGCGACAUGUUCGCCGACGCAUUACUCGGAGAUUUUCAAGAGUGCGUGUCCAACGGCUUACAGUUACGCUUACGAUGAUGCGACAAGCACGUGCACGUGUUCUGGUUCUGAUUACAGCAUCACGUUUUGCCCCAAUGGAUCUUCCUAGUCAUUAUUAUUAUUAAUGUAGUAAAUAAAGUUUAUUAAUAGCAUUAAAUCUAUUUCAUCAUUACAUUGAGUGUUUAAGUUUAGUGAGCAAUUUAUGGAUUUUAAUUUUAUUCCCUCUUUCUUGUUAGGGGGUAGUAGUACGCUAGUAGCAUAUUGAUAUUGGAUUAUUCAUGGUUCAAAUAUUCUAUUUUUGUGUUA